AACCAGAAUUAGAGGAGAUAAAGUUGCCGCGUCCUUCUCCCAAAUCCAACGCUCUUCCUUUAUUUCACUUUCAUCUUCUUCACGUCUCCGAAUCGAAUCCUUUGGGAGGAAAUAAUCACACUCUUUUCUCCGAAAAAAAAAUCCAAAUUAGUCCUGAAAAUGCAGUGGAAUGGGGUGAGACGAGCCCAUUCUUUAUGGUGCAAGACUUUAACACACAACACUCAUUUCCAUCAUGCUUAUAUUCCAGUCACGAUGUCGAGUUUGGAGGAGCCACUAGCUUUUGACAAGUUGCCAAGUAUGAGCACCAUUGACAGGAUCCAGAGGUUUUCAUCCAGUGCUUGUCGCUCCAGGGAGGAUGUCGGCAUGGGACACCGUUGGAUCCAGGGAAGAGAUUGCAGCACCUCAAACUGUUGCAAUGAUGAUGAUGAUGAUGAUGAUGAUGAUAAGAGCUUUGGUAAAGAGUCAUUUCCGUGGAAAAGGCAUUCUCGAAAAGUUUCUGAAGGAGAACUUCUACUUCGGAGUAUUUCAUUCUCAGGAAGGAACUCCACAGUUUCUGGGAAUUUAUGGGAAUCCAAAAGUUUUCAGGAGCAUAAGUAUCACAGCUUUAGCAAUGAGAAUGUCAUCUCUCAUUCAAGUAACACGCUUGUUCGAGGUGUACCGAAAGUUGUGAAGAUUGUUGAAGUUGGUCCAAGGGAUGGUCUGCAGAACGAGAAAAAUAUAGUACCCACAUCUGUAAAGGUUGAACUUAUUCAGAGAUUAGUUUCUGCUGGAUUACCCGUUGUCGAGGCUACAAGCUUUGUAUCACCCAAAUGGGUUCCCCAGCUUGCAGAUGCAAAGGAUGUAAUGGAUGCAGUAAAUGCUCUAGAUGGGGCUCGAUUACCGGUUCUGACUCCGAAUCUAAAAGGGUUUGAAGCGGCUGUAUCUGCUGGUGCUAAGGAAGUUGCAAUAUUUGCAUCGGCUUCUGAGUCAUUCUCCUUGUCAAAUAUUAACUGUACAAUUGAAGAGAGUCUAUUGAGAUACCGUGCUGUUGUCACCGCUGCAAAGGAGCACUCCAUUCCUGUCCGAGGGUAUGUAUCUUGCGUUGUCGGGUGUCCAGUAGAGGGAGUGGUUCCACCCUCAAAAGUGGCGCAUGUUGUAAAAGAGCUCUAUGACAUGGGCUGCUUUGAGAUUUCUCUUGGUGAUACAAUAGGAAUCGGCACUCCCGGUAAGGUGGUUCCGAUGCUUGAAGCUGUGAUGGCAGUUGUGCCAGCAGAAAAGUUGGCUGUUCACUUCCACGAUACCUACGGGCAAGCUCUUGCAAACAUAUUGGUGUCUCUCCAAAUGGGAAUAAAUAUAGUAGACUCAUCGGUCGCUGGAUUAGGGGGCUGCCCAUAUGCAAAAGGAGCUUCAGGAAACGUAGCUACAGAAGAUGUGGUUUACAUGUUGAAUGGUUUAGGCGUCCAAACCAAUGUUGAUCUGGGAAAGCUUAUAGCUGCUGGGGAUUUCAUCAGCAAGCAUCUUGGCCGUCCAAACGGUUCCAAGGCCGCCGUUGCCCUCAACCGUCGGGUCACAGCUGAUGCCUCGAAAAUUUGAGUGUUUUUAAGAGGCUGUUCACAUAUAUAAACUCUUAUAAAUAAAAGACGAAGGAAAAGUGAAUACAACUUCUAUAUAAGGAUGAUAUAUGAAUGGUUCGUUGGUAUAAAUGAUGAUUUGGAGUUUAUUUAAACAAAUUAUGUCAAGCCUGGUUCGGUUCAAUGCUGAUGAGAAGGUUACAUCAUGUCACGCCCCAACUAAGGCUGCACGUCCUGAUUGCUGCGAAGAAAUCAGUCCGUGACAAUCAGCUCCACAAGACCAUAACAAUGAUGAGGCCCAUGUCAUAUGCAUGUAUGAUUCAUGGACGUCCAUAGUUCAGUUCAGUGGUUGUGAGAUAGUUUUUGGAAAGACUCAAUUCAUGAAAAUGCGAAACUUAAGGAGAUUACAGACUGCUUUUUAAUCGGAAGUAGAAUGGUAGGCAAUGGAGAGCAGGUUACAACUAAGCUACAACAUUUAUUAUGUUAGUGUUUUUGAAACAGAUUGCAAGGAUCUGAUCGUGAUGAUAAAGAAGUCUCAAGUGUGGUUGAGUUUUGCAAUGGUAACUGAAGCUAUAAAGACAUAGCAGAUACGUUUUCUAGAAUUCGAGACAUCACACAUCCCAAGGGCACAAAAUGGCGAAUUUUGAAACUAAGAUUGUGAGAUCUUUUUAUAGAGAGCUUUGUUGCAUUGGUAGUUCUAUUCCGGUCUAGUUAACCAGACCACCUCAGGGCCUGAGGAAUAGAAUAGUCGUUCGUUGUAAAAAAAAAGUCAUAUUUUAAUGAAUGCUUUGACGCC